UCCUGCGUACGUGCCUGCCCCAGCUCUUUGUUUUCCAGCCCGCACGCGCCCAGCAGUCAAACAUUGUUUGACAUAAUGACCAGCAAAUAUGAUGUUCUUGACAUCGGGGUAUAAGUGCGAGAUGAACUUUUCUUAUUUUUUUUCUCUCGUUGUUAUCGGUGCAUAUGCAAUGCGAGUGGUGAUAAUUAAAUACUUUCAGGGGUGAAAUUUAGCGUGUUUUAAUCUACUGUAAAAAUAGUUUGGACUCUUUUUUAUUUCACGCGUUCCAACACGUUUUUUUUUUUUUUUUGUCCACUCUUUUUCGUGAACAACCGACUCCCCAAAGAAACGGGCGACCGCGAAUCUCGGCAGGUGCUCUGGCAAGCUCAGCACUCGUGGCCCCUCUCGGAUGGGGGGAGGCUGCUGUACGCGAGAGCCCCGCCCCUGUGGGCCCGCCCGGCCACGUGACCAGGGCCCCGCCUCCAGCCACACUUGGCUGCGGCGCGGUGGCACCUCCGAGUCGGGCGCAUGGAGCCGCGUGAGCAGCAAGCGCUGUCCCCCCGCGCACCAGCAGCCAUGUCCUCUGCGCGGUCCAGCUGCGCGCCCGUGGCGUCGGUGGCGCCCAUGGCCGUGGUGGUGCUCACAGACGACGGCCGAGAGAAGUGGGACAAGAAGAUUGAAUUCCUCCUCGCUGUCAUCGGGUUUGCGGUAGACCUCGGCAACGUGUGGCGAUUCCCGUACAUCUGUUACCGCAACGGCGGAGGCGCCUUCCUGAUUCCGUACACUGUGAUGCUGAUGUUCGGUGGCCUGCCUCUCUUUUACCUGGAAUUGGCCAUGGGUCAGUACUACCGCAGCGGGUGCCUAACUAUUUGGAAGAAGAUAUUUCCCAUCUUUAAAGGCAUUGGGUACGCCAUCUGCAUCCUUGACUUGUACAUGGCCAUGUACUACAACACGGUGAUUGCAUGGGCACUCUACUACCUUGUGGCGUCACUUGCUUCCGAGCUGCCCUGGACACGCUGCGACAACCCCUGGAAUACGGCGACUUGCCGUACGCUGGCCGAACGCGCGAACGCCACCGGAUUCGCCACGAGCCCGGCACAGGAAUACUUCGAGCGGCGGGUGCUGCAGAUCCAUCUGUCCGGUGGAAUCGACCACAUUGGUGGCAUUCGGUGGCCACUGGCAUUGUGCCUGUUCGCAGUGUUCGUGCUCGUCUACUUCUCCCUCUGGAAGGGCGUCCGCAGCACUGGAAAGGCGGUGUGGGUGACAGCCACUAUGCCGUACGCUGUGCUGUUGAUCCUGUUGCUGCGCGGUGUCACCCUGGACGGAUCCUUGGAUGGCAUCAAGUACUACCUGUACCCUCAAUGGGACAAGCUGCUCUCUAGCGACGUGUGGAUUGACGCUGCUACACAGAUAUUUUUCUCCCUUGGGCCUGGAUUUGGCACGUUACUAGCAUUAUCCAGCUAUAACAAGUUCCACAACAACUGUUACCGGGAUGCCCUUGUGACAAGCAUUAUCAACUGCCUCACGAGCUUCCUGGCUGGGUUCGUCAUAUUUUCUGUGCUCGGGUACAUGGCUCACGUGUUGCAAAAAGACAUCGCCGACGUGGCUACUGAUGGUCCCGGGUUGGUGUUCAUAGUCUAUCCUGAAGCCAUCGCUACCAUGAAGGGAUCAGUCUUCUGGUCCAUUCUCUUUUUUCUUAUGCUAAUCACUUUGGGUCUGGACAGCACGUUCGGGGGUCUGGAGGCAAUGCUGACCGGACUGUGCGACGAGUACCCGCUCGUCCUGCGCCGACACCGGGAGAUCUUCGUCGGCUGCGUCAUCCUGUUCAUCUACGCAUGUGCCCUUCCGACGACCACUUACGGUGGUAACUACAUCGUAAGCUUGCUGGAUACCUAUGCAACGGCUACAGGUGUCCUCUUCAUUGUAUUCGUAGAGUCCAUGGUCGUCUGCUGGUUCUACGGCGCUAACCGCUUUUCUCAACACGUCAAAGAAAUGCUUGGCCACCUUCCGGGUCUCUACUGGCGCAUGUGCUGGAGCUAUAUAAGUCCGUUGUUCCUCUUUACGAUGUUCCUAUUUGCUGUUCUUCGCUACAAACCCCUCGAGUGGGAGGACUACAAGUUUCCAGGCUGGUCCAUUUCCGUCGGCUGGCUGCUGACUGCUUCGUCUAUGUGUUUUGUUCCCGGCUACAUAGUGAUCGCUUUCCUGAGAACCAAAGGAACCUUAAAGGAGCGACUGAUCAUCUGCCUUCGUCCACACAGUGUGGCUGCAAGGAAGCUCCAGCAGGGUGGUGCUCCCGCCUCCGUGUAGUCGCCUUCCUCACUUUGCCCUUAAGUGCGCAGCUCUGUACCUGCAGUACACGCCAUGGUCAAACUGUUUCCUGCCAAACGGUGGUACAUGUAUUUCAAGCAAGACUGCUUGUGAUUCCCACAGCGAGAACGCUUAUUUUAUGGCCUGCACGUUUCAGCCUAUACACUGCGAUGUACAUUUUGCACACAUGAUCCGGUUUUGUUUUUGUGAUUUCUUGUGAAACAUUUUUGUUGGUACCGCUCUUCCAUAAAAAUGCAUAAGAAGCACACGUGCAGCUCACUCGAAGGUGUUACGGCUGCUCGAUGUCUGUAGCUAGGUGCUCUCUGCCGCAAACAAAUGCUGUUCUGCUUGUGCACGUUUUGUUCUACUUGGCAAAAUGUGGCAGCAAAAAUGGCACGCGAAGCUUUUAUUCGUUCAUGUAUUGUGCACUUUCAGAGCAAGUAUUGGUUUGAUCAAUGCCUAUUGGUUUGAAUAUCUAACUACUAAAUCUGAAAAUAUCUUUAUCGAAACUACAUUACAAACUCUUGCGGUUUUGAAAAUUAGUACACUCUCGCACUGUGGCUACAGUGAAGAACAUAAAACAAAUUUUCGUUGUUACCACACUGAAAAAUAUUGUACUAGCGAACUCGUAAGUUUCUGUACAGUGUAUUAUGCUGUUCUAAAUAAACUUUUUGGUUUUGUUCUCC